AUGUCGUAUCGCGGUCGCCCUAGUAGAGGGUGUGAGCCUUGUAGAGCUCGGAAAGUCAAGUGUGAUGAGACGAAACCUGCCUGUAACCGGUGCAGCAAAUCAGGCCAUGAAUGCAAAUAUCGCGAUCAGGCAGAUCUUCUCUUCCGAAACCAGACUGCGUUUGCUGCGCAGAGGGCAGAGGACUCGUGGAGAAAAAGAUCAAAAUCACACCAACGUGCGCUCAGUGACAGUGGCAGCGGCCAGAGGUCUUCUCUAAAUGACAGCAGACCAACAAUUGAACGCGCCCGCCACGCUUCCGUGAGCGGUGCUCGACGUUCAUCGGAAAUCAUCCAUCACGCGCAUACGUAUGUUGUCGAUGGGUCUUCGUUUAAUGACAACACACCAACAAUCGAACGGGUCCGCCACGCUUCCAUAAGCAGUGCUCGCCGUUCAUCAGAAAUCACUCAUCACGCGCAUACGUAUGUUGUCGAUGGGUCUUCGUUUAAUGACAACACACCAACAAUAGAACGGGUCCGCCACGCUUCCGUAAGCGGUGCUCGCCGUUCAUCGGAAAUUAUCCAUGAGGGGCAUACGUAUAUUGUCGAUGGUGCUCCAGCUGUCUCCCCUUUUGACGACCUUUGCAUUGCACCGGAAUUGGCUCUAGACCUGCGUCGUCUGGCUUACGAACGGUUCUUGUACGACUUUGUUAUACUCGAGUCGCCGAAUCAUCCAUCAAAUGAGCCGUCGGAUGCAUUGUGGAGCUUCAUCCCUGUGUUGUACCAGAGAGCCGCCGAGGACUCGUGUGUGGCGACUAUCAUCAACGCUGUCGCUUACUGCAACUUUGCACAUCGAUGCAACGCACCUCAAGCUGCGACGCUAGGGGAAGAGGCCUUGAGCCGAGGUACGGUCUUGUUGUCGAAGAUGAUCGCGGACAAGGAACAAGCAGUCACUGACGAGGCGCUAUGUUCGGUAUAUCUAAUGGGAGUGUACGAGAACAUCAGCUCUCAACAACGACAGGGGACUUACAUUGCUCAUUCAAACGGUGCGAACGCUUUGUUACACAUGCGUUCCAUCAAGCAGUACUACAGCAACUCGAUCUCCGCCAGAUUGUACGAGGUAGCAUACUCGCAAAUGCUGCUUGGAAACUUACAUGCCGGAAAGCCACCCCCACUACCGGUGAACAACGCUAUCGAUGUCAGACAGCAUUUGCCCAGCAUGUACAACCAGUCUGGUCUUUUUGUGAUGCAGCUUAUACACCGGGAGGCGAGACUGCACGCCAAGUGGCACGAGAUCAAACAGAGCGCCAACCCGCCUACUACGCGGAGAGAUCUCGCUGAGCUACUGCAAGCCGCGCUGGACCUGGAUCACAAGUACCAGGCGUGGGAGGGUACCCUACCGCUCAUCUGGAGAUAUCAGAUGAUGCCCAAUACGCCCGAGACUCGAGCCACCUACGACAGCAAGUGGCAGAAGCUUAUCUUGAACAGCCGGGGCGCGCCAGAAGAGAUCCACUCGUACUCGAACCUCAAGAGAUGCUGGGUCUGGGGCUUCUACCGCACCAGCCGCAUGUUCCUGCUCCGCGAUCUGCUCGAGAUGCUGAACUGGAUGUUCCGUCUCCCAGAAGCCGACCUUGUGACCGCCGGGCCCCUUUCCCCCAACUUCGCCAGCCCGUUUCCGCUGGAGAACGAAGUCUCGCCCGUCACAUUUGACAGCGCAGCGCUCCGCAUCCACCACUCUUUCGCAACGGUGCACCUCGUCAACACCAUUGAGAAGAGCUGCUCCGCCAUACUAGGGAGCUUCACGGUCCCCGUGUACGGCAAGUUGUACGAGGACGUCAUGGGCAUGCGAGGCUACGUCAACCUGUGGCCGUUGGGCAUCAUGGACGCCGUGCUACGAUCCGGCCUCGUCCCCGACUCACAAGCCCACGCCAGUCCGCCCAGCACGGGACAGCACUCGCCGCAGCCCCAAGGCUCGCCGGCCCCCGUGCCAGACGUGCUGAUGCAGAACAUGCACCACCCGUAUCCAACUCCACCGUACCAAAGCCGCAGUCCCGCCAGCGUCAAGCAAGAAGAAUUCCUCCCGCUGAUCCCCGAGGCGCCGCACGAACACCAGUCCCUCUCCCACUCCCACCCAUGUCCACAAUCACAAUCACAACCACAACCACACCCCAGGCGCGACUCGAAAACAACACCCAUCUACAACCCGGCCAUGCCCAAAACCCACGUCUUCGACUCAUCCGCCCCACACCCGUACGACCACCCAGUGCCCCUCCCGUCGCUGGAGUACGAGAUCACAAGACCGCGGGCUAUGGACGUGGCCGCGCGCAGGGAGUGGCUGAACUGUCUGCUAUACUACACCGCUACGGAUCUGGGGAUCAAGAAGGGCCUGUACGUUCCGCUUACCGAGGGCAUGCUGCCGACAGUCAGCGCCAAGGUGAAUGCUGCGCUGGGGCGGUACUAG